AUGCUGGCCAAUGUUAGGCACCGAUGGGCGUUGAGUCAGCCCCACUCAGCCAGUGGGAAGCGACCCCGCCAAAUGUUGGGUUGGCCAGCGGCGACCCGCGCACAAUUUCUCACCUUUUUCGCCCGACGACCACCUCUCCCAACUCCUGUCGGUCGCCCAUAUAGACUCUCGCAAUUCACUCCGUACCCGCUUCCCGACUCCUACACAAUCGCUUCAUCAGAGUCUCUGCGAUCAGAGACAACGCCUCGCCCGCCUCCAGAAAGUCACGUUACACCCAUCAUAGACCCCGCCAACAUGGCCGAAAGCUGGGAAGAAGAGGAGGAGAAGCUCUCGCAGCAGACGCAGGGCAUGAACCUUGGCAGCGCUGGCGCAGGCAAUUUCACACCAGGCGCAACCUCCUUCACACCGGGCGCCUCCUCGUUUGUGCCCGGCCAGCAAUACGGUGGCUACAACCAAGGAUACGGCCAGUACCAGCAAUACGCGGGGUACAACCAGCAGCAACAAUACGGUAGCCAGCAAUAUGGCUACCAGCAGCAACAGCAGGGCUAUCCGCAAUAUGGCCAACAACAAGGAGGCUACCCAAACUACGGACAGCAGGCUGGUUACAACCAGUAUGCUGGAUACCAGCAACAACAAGGGGGCAACUUCCAGCCCCAACAGCAGCAGCAGCAACAGGCGCCUGUAAAGAUCGCUAAGCGAGGCGACACUGACAUCACAGGCUCGGAGGGCUCUGCAGCUGCUCCCAAGAAGGAUGCGCCCAAGGCAAAGGUCCUCUCGAUUGGCGGUGAUAGCGCGCCCAAGGCGAAGGUUUUGUCUAUUGGCGGAGACACGACGACACCAAAGGUGGAAAAGUCGGCUGGUGGCGCAAAGGUCAUGUCGCUCGGAACGCCAGCAGCCGCUCCAUCAGCUGCCAAAGACAAGGCCGACAAGUCAGCUCCCGAGGCUGGCGCAAAGGUCACUGCUGCAAAGGCCAUCGAGAAGACGGGAGAGCCCACCGCAUCAUCGGGAGGAUCCGGACGGACGUCUCCAACACCAUCCUCGGGCCGUAACAGCCCAACACCAAAAGAUAAGUCCUCUUCCAAGGUCGUCGAUAUUGAUGCCGAACAGGCUGAAGUUGUCGACGAAGCGACGCUUGCGGAAAUCUACGGCAAAGAACAUGUCAACAUUAUUUUCUUGGGCCACGUCGAUGCUGGAAAAUCGACUCUCGGAGGCAGUAUCCUCAUCUCCACAGGCAUGGUCGACGAGCGAACACUCGAAAAGUACAAGCGCGAAGCCAAAGAUGCGGGUCGAGAGACAUGGUAUAUCUCAUGGGCCCUCGAUUUGAACAAGGAGGAGCGACAACAGGGCAAGACCAUUGAAGUUGGUCGUGGCUUCUUUGAAACUGAGAAGCGACGAUACUCAAUCUUGGACGCGCCAGGGCAUAAGACUUAUGUUCCAAACAUGAUCAGUGGUGCCUCUCAAGCCGAUGUGGGUCUGCUUGUCAUCUCCGCACGGAAGGGAGAGUACGAGACUGGUUUCGAAAAGGGCGGCCAGACCCGAGAGCAUGCUAUGCUGGCCAAAACGCAGGGUGUCAAUAAGAUUCUCAUUGUCGUUAACAAGAUGGACGACCCUACAGUAGAAUGGUCAGAGGAACGAUACAAGGAGUGCACCACCAAGGUCGUGCAGUUUUUGAAGGGUGUGGGCUACAACCCCAAAACAGACAUCUCCAUGAUGCCUGUUAGUGCGCAGACAUUUACGGGCAUCAAAGAGCGCGUUCCCAAGAGCUUGGCACCCUGGUACGAUGGACCUUCUCUACUCGAAUAUCUGGACAACAUGCAAGCGCUAGAGCGCAAGCUCAACGCACCAUUUAUGAUGCCCAUUGCCGCCAAGUACAAGGAUAUGGGUACCAUGAUCGAAGGAAAGAUUGAAUCAGGUAUUAUCAAGAAGGAAAACAAGUAUCUCAUGAUGCCCAACCGACAGACGGUGCACAUCUCAGCACUUUUCGGAGAACAAGAAGACGAAAUUCCGGGAGCGACAUGCGGUGACCAAGUCCGUAUCCGUAUCCGCGGUGUAGAAGAAGAAGACAUUCUUCCCGGUUACGUGCUGUGCUCGCCAAAGCGACCUGUCCACUGCGUUUCUACGUUUGAGGCGCAAGUCGUGCUGUUAGAUCUCAAGUCGAUCAUGACAGCCGGUUUCAACUGCGUACUGCACGUACACGCUGCUCAAGAAGAGGUCACCAUCAGUGCGCUUUUGCACAAGCUGGAAAAGGGCACUGGACGUAAGAGUAAGAAGCCACCCGGAUUUGCUACAAAGGGCAUGAGCAUCAUUGCGAGGUUGCAGAUUACUGGAACAGCGGGAUCCAUUUGUGUGGAAAGGUUCGAGGAUUACCCACAACUUGGUCGUUUCACACUACGAGACCAAGGUCAAACCAUUGCUAUUGGCAAGAUCACGAAGCUCAUCACAGAUGAGGCUUAA